AUGGAGCCUCCAACGGGAGUACUGUCAUCUCUGUGGCGAUUCAUAAUCUUCAUUCCUUACUUCACUGGUUUACUCCUUCUGAGUAUUGUUAAAGAUUCUGCUGCUAUAGCCAUCACUACAACGGAUAUACUGCAGAAACUUGAUAAAGGUGGAGGAGGCAUACAGACUAGAGGAAGGUGGAAGAGACGCAUAAGCCUUGAGGAAGGCGGGGCUUGGUUUAGGUCUAGUACUGUUAAUUAG